AUGCCUGUCUCUUUUGACCAUGCCCAGCGCAUCCCGGAAUUCUUGGAGGCAGCUGCGCGGAACACUCCUAAUGAAACAUCACACAGUGACCAUACAAGUAAUUUGGUCAACCCAAUUAACAAUGUCGUCCGCCCCUUCGCCGAGUUCACUCGUCGUCGUGCCUACGACCCCCACCACCGCCAUUUUGCCGAGAGCACCUACCAAUGGCUCGUCUUUCUCCACCGGACCGGCUUGACUGCUGAGGGUCUCGCCAAGAUUGGACCUACCAAGCCUGGUUUGGUCGAGAAGCUGAGGAGAACCCUCGCCUGUCAUGAGAUUACCCAUGCGCGGAAGAAGACCCGCGGAAACCACCCGGCCGGCCAGGCUUACAAACGGAUCUACAUGACCGAGGCUGACUUCAUGGUCGGUGAGGGCGCAAUAGAGGUCCUGGGCUAUCCUACCGGGCAAGUACAGGACUCUCAGGUGGCCGAUAUACCAACAAGCGAGCCUGACAAGGUUCAAUUCAUCGACGAAAUGGUUACCGCGUUGAAAAACAUGGUCGGCAGGGACAAGGGCAUGGAGGCCCAAGUCAAGCAAGUAAUGGCUACAUCCGCCUCAAUCUUCGAGUCUCUGGCAUGGCGUCUCUUUACCAACAAGGCAGCCGUCUCCAACUUGUUCCUGAGCAACUACUUUGCCAGGUUCGCGGCUGACCCCUACAAGGAACGGUCGACGAAGAAGCAAAACGCCAAGACCAACAACGACAAGGCGGACAAGAAGAGAGCUGGCGAUGAAGCCAUUGCGACCCUCGCUGGCAACCCGCUGCCCCAAAACACCAACGCUACUGGCGGAAACGUCCAAGCUCAGGCCAAUAUCGAGCACUAUACCGACCAGGCCGCUCAGAACUUUGUGGCUGCUGCAGGUGCCGCUGGUGCCUCAGUUCAAGGACUCCAGCAACCCCAGGAGCCCGUCUUUGCCCGCCCCCAACAUAUCAAUAUGGCCAAUGACGGGUGGAUCAAUUACCAAGAGAACGACUUUGAGGCUCUCUACCGGACCCAUGAGGCCCAGCCUAAGGCUUACAACGCUGAGGUUGAAGCCUAUAACAAGCAGAAAAACGCAGCGGCAAAUGGCGACAGCUCCGACGUCGAGGACGAUAGCGAAAAUGACGAUGGCGCCUCCGCUCACGAGGAUGACAACGGUGAGGAUCCUGAUGAGCCAAAUUAUGGAGCAGACUAUAACGAUAUCUUCAAUGACAUUUACGGUGUUUCGGACGACGAAACCCGUGAAAGAAGAAGAAGACAGGAUGUUUCGGCUGCCCGGGCCCCUGCCGCCCCUCCCAAUAUGAACGGUCGUGGUCUUGGUCCCACUAUGGCCGGCCCACCAAUGCCUGUUCUCACUACUCGUCCGCCUCCGACGCAAGCGGGCCCAGCCGUCCAAUCUCAUGGUUCAGAUGGCCUUGUCCAGCAACCCGCUCCCCGCACCAGUAACCAGCAAGUCGCCCGUCGCCCGUUCGCUGUUCCAGCAGCUCCUCAGAACAGCCCUCAACAGAACUUCCUGCAUGCUGCUCAUGUGGUCACCCCUCCAUCUGUUCCGAACGAAGUGUAUGGCUCCAAUCUUCCAACCCCUCCUCGCCCGCAGAUACAUCCUUAUGGUCCUACACAACAACCACCUCAAGCCCAUCGACCUAUCAACAUUUCCCAAGGGCACCGCGGCCAAUUUCAGGCGCCUGUCUCCAGCCAGCCUCAAACCAACUUUGCUAGUCCAGCACAGCAAAAUAUUCCUACUGGUUUGGGCACUCCCGCAAGGCCGAGUCCUCAUCAAGUUCAGGCCAUUCCUCUUCCUCACGGGUUGCCAACUGUUCAAUUGCAGUCCUCCGCUCCCAUGGGUCACGUUCAGUCUCCGGCUGGUCCUCUUCCCGAUGUUGUGCCAAGGCGCAUCAUCACCCCCGCUUCCGAGAGAGCUAGGCUCCUCAGAGAAAGUCAACAACCUGCAGUCAUGGGUUUCCCUCCAUCCGUGGACCCCAACGCUCCGGUUCAGAAAGCUGCUGAACCUCAGGCUGCCCCUCGCGCACCUCAAUCACAACCUGCUCAUGACUGGUUUGAUUCCUCCGCGGCACUGGACAACUUUUUCGAACCGGGACCGUCGCCAGAACAGCAAAUGUUCUUUGAUCCCCCACCAAAUCAGCAGAUUGCCCAGCCAGCGCUGGGUCAGCAGCAGUCCUUUGAUGAGUCGGUGUCCACCUUUAAUCAACAGUCCAUCGUGCAACCCGCGCCAAUCCAGCAGGCUGCGGUUCCUGAGGUCCAUCAGCCUGGGGAAGAAGAACUGAUGAUGUUAUUUGAGCAAAUCUCAAAUGGCCAAGCUCCGCAGCAACAACGUGCGCUGCCUGCUGCAGAGCAACAGGUGGACAUUGACCCGCUGGAAGACUUGGACUUGUCGCUCGAUAAUAUUAUGAGCGACCAAGAGCUCGUCGACUAUGCAGCGACGCAAGGAUUUGGCAUUGAUAUAAAUGACUUGGUUCAGCUGAAUGAGGCUGGAAGCAACAACAUAGCCGACAACCGGGGCAUUGGCGGCGAGGUCAUUGACAGCCAGCCUCCUGGACAGACAGUGGCAGAUAACGCCAACGAGCAAUGGCAGCAAAAUAAUGGCGUGGAAGACUACGAGGAUCUCUUCGGCCAGUUCAUGAACUUACCGGAUGAAGUCGACAACAUCAUUGUUGAUGAUCUUUUUGCCGACGAGUACAUGGUGAAUCACGCCAUUGAGGGCCUGGACAGGGAGGACGGCACCGGCAGCAGCGGAAUCAAACGAAUGAGAGGUGACCAUGACGAGAAUAAGGGAGAGGAGCGUCCUGCGCAGCGGGCUCGCAUGAAUUGA